AUGGCUCCGCUCGACAGCGCCGGCACACCGCGAGUGGGCGUUAGCAACUUUGUGCCCGGAAGGCCGAAUGGCCCACCUUCGCUGAAAGUUUCUAGAAUGGUCUACCAGUCAUCGCCCAAGACAUCCGAGACAUCGAGCCUUGGUAGGGCCGAGUUCCUGCAAUUCCUCGGCAUCUCUACGGUAGCGGCCAUCUUCACAGUGGGAUCUUUGCGCUCUCGCGUGCGAGCACAGGUGCCAGGAGACCGGAACCUCUUGCUGAACAGCUUCUCCUGUGGCACCACCCCUCUCCGAAAUCCGACGUACUUGGGGGGCGGUGUGCAGGCAGAAGUGUUCUCGGCCGACACGGCCUCAAACAGACAGGCUGUUGUAAAACUCAGUCGAGCCAACACCGACUACGCCAUGCACAGCUUUGAGCACGAGCGGAGAGUCCUGCAGAUCUUGAAUGAUGCCAAGGUUCCAAACGUUGAGCGCUGCAUCGGGUUUGGCGAGGUGAGGACUACUGCUGGCCCUCGUCAAGGCAUGGUGUUGAUGCCUUGCCUUCCGGGUCGUAACAUCUCCGUAAAGAACGGCCGCGGCGUCCCAAAGAUGCUGGAGUCGCAGGAGAAAGAUCGCAUGGAAAGGUUCAUGGCAACUGCCGUGCGCAUCCUGGAAGCCGGCGUGGCCGGGGUUGAUGUCCAGGUGCUUCAGUCACCAUCCAGCAAUGACAUGCUCUGGAUCGACUUUACAGAGGCCGCGUUGUUGAAGAUGCAAGAUCUGGCCAUUUCGGUGGAGGGCCCGCCGACGACAUGUCCAGAGUAUGAGAGGCGGUAUAAGAGCCCUAGGGACGCUGUGGUGGGAUUUGCGACAGAAGUCUUCCUUAUGGUGCCGGCACGGUCGCACGAACAUGCCGUUCGGGCUCUUGCUGGAGAGUUGCGGGAGCUCAGCGAACAGCGCCUGCGAGGUACGGGGAAAACUUUCCAAGAUGUUUGGGCGAAGCUUCCAUGGAAAGUUGGUGGGCUGGAAACAAAGCGCUUGGAGACUGCUGCGUGCAGUGCGGUGGGAGUGGUAGCUGCGUGA